CUAUUACUUUCAUUUUCAAUUCAUCAUGAAGGCUCUCAUUCUUGUUGGAGGGUUUGGAACUCGUCUGCGUCCUCUGACCCUCACCCUUCCCAAGCCCUUGGUGGAGUUCGGAAACCGGCCCAUGAUCUUGCACCAGGUCGAGAGCUUGGCUGCUGCGGGUGUUACUGAUAUCGUUCUUGCCGUCAACUACCGCCCGGAUGUGAUGGUUGCAGCUCUAAAGAAGUACGAGGAGCAAUACGGAGUCAAUAUUGAGUUCUCCGUCGAGUCCGAACCGCUGGGCACGGCUGGUCCGCUCAAGCUGGCAGAGGAGAUCUUGGGCAAGGAUGACUCGCCUUUCUUUGUGCUCAACUCGGAUGUGAUUUGCGACUACCCCUUCAAGCAGCUCGCCGACUUCCAUAAGAACCACGGUGAUGAGGGUACCAUUGUCGUCACCAAGGUGGACGAGCCCUCCAAGUACGGUGUCGUCGUGCACAAGCCCAACCAUGCCUCCCGUAUCGACCGCUUCGUCGAGAAACCCGUGGAAUUCGUUGGCAACCGCAUCAACGCCGGUAUCUACAUUCUGAACCCCAGCGUUCUCAAGCGCAUCGACCUCCGUCCGACCUCCAUCGAGCAGGAGACCUUCCCCGCUAUCUGUAAGGAGGGCCAGCUCCACUCCUUCGAUCUCGAGGGCUUCUGGAUGGACGUCGGUCAACCUAAGGAUUUCCUCACCGGUACUUGCCUGUACCUGACUUCUUUGGCCAAGCGCAACCCCAAGAUGCUUGCCCCUCACUCAGAGCCCUACGUGCACGGCGGAAAUGUCAUGGUUGACCCCUCCGCCAAGAUCGGCAAGAACUGCCGUAUCGGUCCUAACGUGGUUAUUGGCCCCAACGUCGUCAUUGGCGACGGUGUCCGUCUUCAGCGCUGCGUCGUGAUGGAGAACUGCAAGGUCAAGGACCACGCUUGGAUCAAGUCCACCAUUGUUGGCUGGAACAGCUCUGUUGGCCGCUGGGCACGUCUGGAGAACGUCACUGUUCUCGGAGACGACGUUACUAUUGCCGACGAGGUGUAUGUCAAUGGUGGUUCAAUCCUGCCGCACAAGAGCAUCAAGCAAAACAUUGAUGUUCCCGCGAUCAUCAUGUAA